UCCGGUCAGUCGGAUCCAGCAGCGGGGCUUCACGUCGGUCUGCUUUCUGGACUCUCUCAGCCAUGGAGCGGAAAGUAGCUCGGGAAUUUCGGCACAAGGUGGAGCUGCUGAUUGAAAAUGAAGCAGAGAAGGAUUACUUGUAUGAUGUUCUCCGCAUGUAUCACCAGUCCAUGGAUCUGCGAGUGCUGGUGGGAGACCUGAAGCUGGUCAUCAAUGAACCGAAGCGCCUCCCCCUGUUUGAUGCCAUCCGGCCUCUCAUCCCGCUCAAACACCAGGUGGAGUACGACAUGUUCACCCCCAAGAGGUCACGGAAGCUGAAGGAGGUGCGUUUGGAUCGGACACAACGUGACGGCCUGGGCCUGAGCGUCCGAGGAGGCCUCGAGUUUGGCUCCGGUCUUUAUAUAUCACAGAUCGUCAAAGAUGGACAGGCUGAUAACGUCGGCCUUCAGGUUGGCGAUGAGAUUGUGCGUAUUAACGGGUACUCCAUCUCCUCCUGCAUCCACGAGGAAGUCAUCAGCCUCAUCAAGUCGAACAAGACCGUGUCACUCAAAGUUCGACAUGUUGGGAUGAUCCCAGUUAAAAGCUCAUCAGAUGAGCCGCUGAAGUGGCAGUUUGUGGACCAGUUUGUGUCUGAAUCAGGGGAGAAGAAGAGCAGUGUGGCUGGCUUGGCGUCAAUUGGCGGGAAGGAGAUCAAGGAGAAGAAAGUGUUCCUCAGCCUCGUGGGCACGACGGGCAUGGGCAUCAGCAUCUCCAGCGGGCCGACCCAGAAGCCUGGAAUAUACAUCAGCAACGUGAAGCCGGGCUCCCUCGCUUCAGAAGUUGGACUUCAGAUUGGAGACCAGAUCGUGGAGGUGAACAGCGUGGACUUUACCAACGUGGAUCACAAAGAGGCUGUGAGAGUCCUGAAGAGCAGCAGGAGCCUGACCAUCACUGUGUUGACAGGAGCUGGCAGCGAGCUGUUCAUGACGGACGAGGAGCGUCUGGCACUGGAGGCCCGCCGGGAGCUGGAGCGGCAGGAGCUGAUGCACAAGAAGAGGGUGGCACUGGAGACCAACAAAAUCCUUAAGGAGCAGCAGGAGAAGGAGAGACAGAGAAAACUGGAUAUCUCUCAGAAAACUGCAGAGGAAGAGGAGCGCUACAAGCAAGAGAUGGAAAAGAUUGAAGCCGCGGAGAGGAAACACAACAGAGAAUGGGAAGAGGACUGGGGAACCAAGAGCCGACCCAAGAGCCCGAAAAGCCCACGGCCUCCAAAGACCCCGUCACCCACCCCUGCUGAGAUGAAACGUCCCUCUACUCCCAAAGCCAAGCACUCUCCUGACCAAGCCAGGGCUUUCACAGACGAUGAUGAUGAUGAUGAUGAGCAUGAAGAGGACAGACAAGGCUUUCAGAAAUACGUGGAGGACUUCGAUCCGCAUUCAAUGUUCUCCUCAGAUCAGAUCGCUGGCCGAGAUGUGAGACUUCUGAGAAUUAAAAAGACUGGACAGCUUGACGUGGCUCUGGAGGGAGGAGCCGACUCUCCUCUGGGGAAGCUGGUGAUAUCGUCAGUGUAUGAGGGCGGCGCAGCAGAUAAACACGGUGGGAUUGUCUCUGGGGAUGAACUUAUGGCUGUGAAUGGAAAGAUCCUGCUUGAUGCGACACUGGAUGAGGGGCAGAACUCUCUGGCUCGAGCCUGGAAUAGCGGAGGGGACUGGAUCGAUGUUGUGAUCGCCGUGUCCCCCCCGAAGGAGUACGAAGAUGAAGUGACGUUCUUCUAGUUUCAUCAACAUUUCAGCCAAGAAAGCCGGACUUGUGAAGAAGAAACUUUGAAACCUAAUUCUUUUUUUUUUAAUGAACACACUCACAUGUGAUCCAUCCCAUUUGAGAUGAUCUCUCUGUUUGUCUUUGAGAUUGAGCCUCCUGUCGAUACUGUGAGAUGCUGUUUUCACUGUCUUGCUUUGCUCUUGUGUUCAGUCAAUAUUUAGUUAUCUGUAGUA